CCGGAGUCCCAGGAACCCGCCGCCGGCGCCCCGCGCCCCGCGCCCCUCGCCGCCGCCAUGGGGGCCUGCCUGGGCGCCUGCUCUCUGCUCAGCUGCGCGUCCUGCCUCUGCGGCUCUGCCCCCUGCAUCCUGUGCGCCUGCUGCCCCUCCAGCCCUAACUCCACCGUGAGCCGCCUCAUCUUCACGGCCUUCCUCUUCCUGGGGGUGCUGGUGUCCAUCAUCAUGCUGAGCCCUGGCGUGGAGAGCCAGCUCCACAAGCUGCCAUGGGUGUGUGAGGAGGGGGCCGGGACCCCCGUGGUCCUUCAGGGCCACAUCGACUGCGGCUCCCUGCUCGGCCACCGCGCCGUCUACCGCAUGUGCUUUGCGACAGCGGCCUUCUUCUUCCUCUUCACCCUGCUCAUGCUCUGCGUGCGCAGCAGCCGGGACCCCAGGGCCGCCAUCCAGAACGGGUUUUGGUUCUUUAAGUUCCUGAUCCUCGUGGGCAUCACCGUGGGCGCGUUCUACAUCCCUGAUGGCUCCUUCUCCGAUGUCUGGUUCUACUUCGGUGUCGUGGGCUCUUUCCUCUUCAUCCUCAUUCAGCUGGUGCUGCUCAUCGACUUCGCUCACUCGUGGAACCAGCGGUGGCUGGGCAGGGCGGAGGCGUGCGACUCCCGGGCCUGGUACGCAGGCCUCUUCUUCUUCACCCUCCUCUUCUACAUGCUGUCCAUUGCGGCCGUGACGCUACUGUUCAUCUACUAUACCCAGCCCGGCACCUGCUACGAGAGCAAGGUCUUCAUCGGCCUCAACCUCACUCUCUGUUUCUGCGUCUCCAUCGUCGCCGUCCUGCCCAAGGUCCAGGAAGCCCAGCCCAACUCGGGUCUGCUGCAGGCGUCGGUCAUCACGCUCUACACCAUGUUUGUCACCUGGUUGGCCCUGUCCAGUGUCCCUGACCAGAAAUGCAACCCCCACCUGCUCACCCACUUGAGCAACGGGACGAUCCUGGCGGGCCCUGAGGGCUACGAGACACACUGGUGGGACGCACCGAGCAUCGUGGGGCUCGUCGUCUUUGUCCUGUGCACCGUCUUCAUCAGCCUGCGCUCCUCAGACCACCGGCAGGUUAACAACCUGAUGCAGACAGAGGAGUGCCCAUCCAUGCUGGAGGCCACGCAGCAGCAGCAGCAGGUGGCCUGCGAGGGCCGGGCCUUCGACAAUGAGCAGGGCGGUGUCACCUACAGCUACUCUUUCUUCCACUUCUGCCUGGUGCUCGCCUCCCUGCACAUAAUGAUGACGCUCACCAACUGGUACAGACCCGGCGAGGCUCGGAAGAUGGUCAGCACGUGGACGGCCGUGUGGGUGAAGGUCUGCGCCAGCUGGGCGGGGCUGCUCCUCUACCUGUGGACCCUGGUGGCCCCCCUCCUCCUGCCCAACCGAGACUUCAGCUGAAACGGCCCCCUGCAGCCUGCCCGCUCCGAGCCUCAGGGCUCAGUGAGUCCUCCACGCUGAGCCCCUCCCCCUCCCCCCUCCAGGACUUGCCCCUGAGCUGGGCCCCCUCCCCCCCCCCCCAUUCUAAGUGCCUUCAAGGGUUGGGAGCAGCAGGCACAAGCCUGAGCCUUACCUUCCCACCACCUCCCGGCCACAGAACUGCGUCUUCCUUACCCUGUCCCCUGUCCCCUGUACUCACCCUCUUGGGAAAAAAGGGCCCCUUAUUCUCAGGCUCCCCCAGGAGAAGGUCCUGAAGGAGAGAAGCGCUCAGAGCCACUCAGAGAGUGGGAGCAUUCCCCAGGAUGGGGUGCCCAGCACUGAGGCCCGAUCGUCCUGACCACGUCCCCCAGGGCACCCCGCCCCCUUCCCCGGACUCCGUGCCUUACCGAGUCUCCAAGACUGAUCGCAAUAAAAACAAGCCAGUGCACGUGU